AUGACCACGCCUUUUGUGGCUAUUACUUUUCCAGCUCACAAAGGGGAGAAAAGGUUCGGUGGUCUCAGCCCAAGGGAAGAACAACUUUUAGAAUUGGUACAACAAGCUCUGGGUCUUGAUCGAGCACAGACCUCCAAAAUUUACGGCUAUGGCUGUUGGUGCGGCUUUGGUGGAAUGGGAAGAACCGCGGAUAACUUUGAUUUUUGUUGCAAAGCCCACGAUUUUUGCGAGCUUAACUUAGUUAAACCGGAUAAAUGUGGUGGUAACCCCAGUAAUGUUGAUAAGAGAUUCGAGUACGACGCAGCUACUGACACUUGCACUGGUGGCUUAUGCAAGACCGAGGCAGAUGUUAUUGUCUUGAUCCAAGACAGCCAGAGCAUUUCUGAAGGGACUCGUCCAAGUAUACAACGUAUAGUGAAAACGCUACUGAAUUCACUGAACAGCGAUGACACCGACUACAAUUUUGUGAUGGGAAGAUACGGCUCAAAGACAAAAAUGAAUCGUUGGGGUUCAGCAGCUAAGGCAAUCUCCUACUUGAAUAAAAAUUACCCCAAGGGAGGACUUGGCCUCUACAACCGCUUAAUUCGCGUCCUAAAGAAAAGCGUCGCAAAGAAGUUCAACAAACGUUCAGCACGCAGGAAGGGUAAAGAUCCAGUGAAGAUCGUUGUACUCUUCACCGACGGAAACACGGAAGAUGGUAGAGGUCGUUUGGUGGACACCUUCAAACUCCUAAGUGCAGAAAAGAAGCUGAGAGUCGACAACGACAUCCAUCUUGUGGGUGCUCUUAUUCCCAACGUAAAAAACACACAGCGAAUAGAUCAGCUUGAAAGCAUCGUGUCCGACCCAAAUGAUGCAAUCAACAUGGAAUUUACCGAGGCAAACCUGAACAAAAUCGCCGAUCGCCUCGCCUACCGGGUUAGACGAUUAUUGGUCUGUCGAGUUCCCUACACGGUGGUUGUUUUCACCCCUACAAAAGACAUCACGUCGAAGUUCCAUGUGUUCAUCAUGCUCGUCGGAACCGGUGGAAAAAAGACAGAAGACCUGUUGUUAUAUAAAGACAAAGGGGCAAAGCGAGAAGAUGCAUUCAAAUACGAGGUCCGUGGCAUUGAUGUUGGGGACAUCACAGAGGUGAGAAUCAAAUCGGAAAGAAAAAUCAUAACUGACGCAAGCUGGGAACUGAGAAAGGUUAAGGUUACACAGGGUGACCAAACUGUAACAGCAGUAUUCAAAGAGAACAUUGGAGCCUUCGAUAAAAGUUAUAAAUCUGCCACACCAAGAAAGCCUAAGGAAACGGUCAAUGCAUAAAGUCAUUCUCGAAGAAGGAAACCAGUAGAAGUGCAGAAGCCUAAGAUGCAAUGAUAAAGUUGUCAUACAUCGUAUAAAUAUAAAAAGUCUUAUUGAGAAA